AUGCUGGGCAGCCCGGGCAUGCUGAAGAGCCGCUGCUGCGUCCUGCUCGGGGACCUAAGGGUUCUCCUGCUCGGGCCACCGGCGACACCAAUCCCACCCCUGACCCCGAUGACCACGGAAAACCACGAGACAGGUGUCACCGUCCCCGACAACAACAACACGCUAACAGGGAGCCACCACCAGCAGCAAGAAGGGGACCGGACUUUGCCCAGUGCUGCUCCGGGGGCCGCGGGGCCACCGGGCGGGGACCGAGCUGGCUGGGUGGAUGCCGCCGAGCUGUCGGCGGCUCUGCGCGGCUGCAGCAGCUCCUCCGACGACUGCUCGAAAGGCAAGCUGGAGGAGAGGUUCUCCCUCACCAGCUACACGGAGAGUGGCUUCAGGACGCCUCUGUGCAGGAUCUGCUUCCAGGGACCAGAGCAUGGGGAGCUCCUGAGCCCAUGUCGGUGCUGUGGGUCAGUACGCUGCACCCACCAGCCCUGCCUCAUCAAGUGGAUCAGUGAGAGAGGGUCCUGGGCCUGUGAGCUCUGCUACUACAAAUAUCAGGUCAUCGCCAUCAGCACCAAGAAUCCUCUACAGUGGCAGGCCAUCUCCCUGACAGUGAUUGAGAAAGUGCAGAUAGCAGCAGCCGUCCUGGGCUCCCUGUUCCUGAUGGCCAGUAUCUCCUGGCUGGUGUGGUCGUCUUUCAGCCCGUCGGCCCGCUGGCAGCGACAGGACCUGCUCUUUCAGAUCUGCUACGGCAUGUACGGCUUCAUGGAUGUCGUGUGCAUCGCACUAAUAGUCCACGAGGGACCCUCUGUGUUUCGGAUCUUCCACCGCUGGCAGGCUGUGAACCAGCAGUGGAAAGUCCUGAACUACGAUAAGUCUAUGGACUGCGGGGACCUGAAGGACACGACCCUAAACAGGACUGUGUCCCAGCCCAGUCAGGGAUUUCAGACUGGACUCGGGGUGUCAGCUUCCAACUCCUCGCUCAUGGUGGUCGCCUCCACGGCCGACGGUUCCACUUCCUCAACUGUGGUGACGGCGGCGGGAGGAUUGGGAGCACAUGUGGACCCCAACAGUGGCAGCGCUGUGCCGGACCAACACUGUCCCUACAACAUCCUGCACCUCCUCAGCCACCUGAGGCAGCCGGAGGUCCGUGGCGAACCCAGCAAUAGCACACGAGAGCUGGUCAUGCGAGUCACCACCGUCUGA